AUGGCAGUCAAAUUUGUCGUUUACUGUGGAGGCAAGUGGGAAUUCGUUGAUGGGAGGCUUGAGUACGUGCUCCAACCAUAUUCUAAAGAAACCCUUAUGAGUUGUUUAAAUUAUAUGUGGUGCAAGAGCUUGGUGUUGGUUUAUCUGGGGGUUCUUCCAAGUUCCAACUAUUUUAAAUGUCCAGAUCUUAACGUAAAUGUUUUUCCUGAAGAUGAAUGUAACGCAACAGAUAAAUGUGGAGUUACUGAUAAUGUUAAUUGUCCUCUUGAAAAUAAAAGCCCGUUUUACAUAGGUUAUAUUUUCCGUAACAAGCAGGAAAUGAAAGUAGAAUUAGGAAAAAUGUGUCUUUCCAAAAAGUUUUCGUAUAAAGUAGACAGAUCAUCCAAAAUUCCUUACGAAGUGUCUUGUAUUGACGAGAAUUGCCUGUGGAAUUUUAAGGCAGCUAGUCGGGAAUCUUGUGAUGUUUUUUACGUUAAACAUUUUAACAACAAACAUACAUGUUCUAAGACGCAAACAUAUCCACAUAUGCAUCAAGCAAACCCAAUGGUGGUGGGUAGCUCAUUAAAAGCACAAUUCAAAGAUUGUGGACGUAUAUAUCGUUCCAUAGAAAUUGUAAAGGACUUUAGAAUUAAAGAAAAAGUAAAUUUAUCAUACAUGCAAGCAUGGCGUGGGAAAUGUAAUGCAUUAGAACUUUUGCAAGGUAGUUCGUCAGGUUCUUUUGCCGAACUUCCUGUCUAUUGUUAUAACUUGGAGAAGGCUAAUCCAGGAACAGUGACACACAUACGCACUGAUUCUGAAAGUCGUUUUGAAAUGUUAUUUGUCGCCAUAGGUGCGGUGAUUCUGAGCUUUCUUAGAAAUUUAAGACCGCUUAUUAUCAUAGAUGCGGCCCACUUGAAGGGUGAGUGUAACGGAACAAUGUUUUUGGUUGUCGGCAUGGACGGAAACAAUCAGAUUUUGCCUAUUGGUUAUGGCAUUGUUAAAUCUGAAGACGUUGAGUCGUGGACGUGGUUCCUUUCAAAACUGAAAGAAUGCAUCGGUGAGCAUCCAGAUUUAGCAAUCAUUUCUAACCGGGCAGCUUCUAUACAAUUAACCGUACGGGUUGUGAUAUCCGAUUUUCAAGAAUCGUUCGACGCGCUAUGUGCCGCUGUUCCAAGAUUAUGGAACAUUCUUAUAGAAAUUGGGGUUGACAAAUGGUCAAGAGCACAUUGUCCAGCCAGAAGAUAUCAUUACAUGACAUCUAACAGCGCUGAAUCUAUGAAUGCUUUAUCAAAACAUGCCCGAAAAAUUCCAAUAACCCAACUCAUAGAAUUUUUUAGACAGUCUGUCCAAAAAUGGUUCUAUGAUCGCCGGAACGAGGGAAUUCAAGGCGAACACUUGCUUACACCGUGGGCUACAAAAAUUCAAGGCAAAGUUGGUGGUUCUCGUUCGUGGAUGGUUGCUGGAAUUGGUCUGAACAGUUUUGACGUUGAUAACGGUGGAAAGAGAGGUUUAGUUGACUUCUCUAAUGGAACAUGCAGUUGUCGGGUUUGGCAAGUAUCUUGGUUACCUUGCGGGCACGUUAUUGCAGUAUCUAGAUUUUUAGGUGAACCCGAUUGUGCUCGUUAUGCGAUGUCAUGUUACACUAAUGAAGUUUAUAAAUCUACGUAUGAGGACAGAUAA